AUGACUGGCCAUCAAGGAGGCCCGAGUAAAACAGCCCCAAGACCUCCUGGAACACUCAAGGCCAUGACUGGUUCCCAGGAUCCCAUCGAGAGCACGCACUUACCUCUCGGCACAGCAGACUUCCCUCACCGACGCCUGGGACCAACUCAGAGCAGCCACCUACCUAGGAGAUGCCCUGGAUCUCAGGUUCUGCACAAUGAAGAUCACAUGGAUGGUAUUUCUCCCCAAAACAAUGAAGAUUUGGAUCCUGUUAGUCAAGCCUGGUUUACAACGAAAGAAGAUAAGGAUACGCUACAGAACAAAGGCCACAAAUGGAAGCAGGGAAUGUGGUCAAAGGAAGAAAUAGACAUUUUAAUGAGCAAUAUUGAAAACUAUCUACAGAUACAUGGACUAAGUGAUGCCACGGAGGUCAUAUUCGAAAUGUCGAAAGAUGAAAGAAAAGAUUUCUACCGAACCAUAGCGAGAGGUCUUAAUCGGCCGUUGUUUGCAGUCUAUAGACGAGUACUUCGAAUGUAUGACAAUAGAAACCAUGUUGGAAAGUAUACACCACAGGAAAUUGAAAAACUUAAGGAGCUACGUUUGAAGCAUGGUAAUGAUUGGGCAACUAUAGGGGCUGCUCUGGGAAGGAGUGCUUCUUCAGUAAAAGACCGGUGCAGAUUGAUGAAAGACACUUGCAACACAGGUAAAUGGACGGUAGAUGAAGAAAAACGACUUGCAGAGGUGGUCCAUGAAUUAACUGCCACAGAUCCCGGUGACAUUGUCACUCAGGGUGUUUCUUGGGCUGCAGUCGCUGAACGGGUCGGCACCCGUUCUGAAAAGCAAUGUCGUUCCAAGUGGCUAAAUUACCUCAACUGGAAGCAGAGUGGAGGGACAGAAUGGAGCAAAGAUGAUGAAAUAAACUUAAUUUUAAGAAUCGCAGAACUCAAUGCAGAGGAUGAAAGUGAGAUUAACUGGGAUAUCAUGGCAGAAGGCUGGAGUAGUGUCCGAUCUCCACAGUGGCUGAGAAGUAAAUGGUGGACCAUCAAGCGGCAGGUUACAAAUCAUAAAGAUUUGACAUUUGCAGAAUUGGUAGACAGUUUGAGACAAUUGGUAGAGACCCUAAAACAACCACACAUCCCAGUGCACCAAUUACCCGAGUGUCAAACUGGAUCGAGUUCACGCAAUUCAAAUUCAUCCUCUGUUCAGCAUCUGCGGGUUCGAUUAGCUCAAAUGGAGGAAAACAACAGUGUCCCCAACAGUCCAGUGGCUGCUCUGCAGAUUCCUGUGCAAAUUACUCAUGUUGAAUAUCUCUUCUGUGAUGAACAGCCAACCAGUGGUUCACUGUGUGGGAAAGUCUUAAAACCAAACACACAGAAAUUUUCUUUCAGGUUACAGCCCACAGGAACACCAGGAACUUACCUGAUCCAGACUAGCUCAAGUCAAGGUCUUCCUAUAACACUGACAACAAGUCCAACAGUUACCCUUACCUCACCAUCCUCUCCAGAACAGAUUAUUGUGCACACACUCUCACCUGAGGCUCUUCUUCACAGUAGUAAUGAAAACGUCAGCGUACAAAUGACACACCCAAGUGUCAUCAUCCAUGCUGUUGCCACUGAUGACAUCACUUCUUCAAUAACCCAAGCUGACUUGACUGUUGACUCCACAAUUGACCACACAGAUUUGACAGAGAAUCAGAUUAAUUCCACAUCACUUGAAACCGAUGCCUACAGCGAGAUUGAUCAUGCAAAGUUAACUGAAGACCAAAGCACGGUUCAUACAGACCUUACUGAAACGGAAAUUGCCCGCUCAAACCUUAACUCUGAUAAUAGUGAAGAGGUGAUGGGUUCAGAAGUAAAUAUUGAUGACUCCGACCUCAGACAGAAUGUUGAAGUGCAAUCUGAUCUAAGUGGUGCUUAUGUGACUGAGGCUCUACGUUCUCCCAAUAUUGAAUCAGGCAUUGACGAAGAAACCACACUUAUCGUUUCAUCGAAUCAUGGGUUUAUUCAGUCAACAGAUGAUAUUGACAAUGACUCAGUUUUGCCAUUAACAACAUUGACUGAUCCCAUUUUACAACCCCAAGGUGACUGUUCAGACAUCAUUGGCUCAACAUUGGAAACCCCAGAUACUGAUGAUUGAAGAGAACUUCUGUAUAUCUGUCGUGCUGUCUUUUUGAGAGUGAUUAAUCCAGCAUUGUUCACCAACUAUGAAAUGUCAAUAGUUAAUGCUCUUGAUAAUUCAACAUUUGAAUGUAUGGUGCUGCCUGAGACAAACUGCAUAAAAUGAAUAGAGUAGUUUUAGAAACAAUUUAAUUUCCUAUGGUGCAAGUUUACUCAACAAUGUAAACUAGACAAUGGCACUUUGCCAAGACACCAAAUUUCUAACUCUUAGAAAAACUACAUGACCUUUCCCCUCAAAUUAGGUCAAUGUUGACAGUAUUAUAUCAAGUUGAGGAACUCCUCCUGAUGUGGGAGCAAACAGAUAUUAAGUAUUUUUUAACUAGAUAAACAAUCACUACUAAAGGUAUUGAAAUGUGCUUUACCAAGAUCAUACUUAACAGCUGUGUUUCUCAUUGAAUAAUUCCUCUUAAGCUUUUUUAAAUUCUGCAAGUCAAAGAUACUGAACCAAGUUGCACAUUCUUUGAGCGGAAAAGGGGUUUUUGAUAUGUAAUUCUUAAUGUGAUUUAAAUACACGUUUCAUAUAUCUGUUUACAGAAUUUCAGAAACAUGUAUACCAAGACUUUUUAGUUAUAUGGAGAAAGAACAUUCCCUUCUCCCCCUCAAAGAAACUACUUUUCACUAUUGUGUAGGUGAGGUACAGGCAUGUACAUGCUAGGGGCCUAGGCUUAAAUGGAGAGAAUUGUACCUACCAAAAGCAAACUUGCACUACAGUGACAAUAAAUUUAAAUACUUGUCAAAAAUUGAGACCUCCAGGAAUCAAUUAGUAUUCAACUUAUUUUUGUGUACAAAAAAAGUGUAGACAAGUUCAGUGUAUAUAAAUUAUUUUAUUACUAUUUAUUCUUUAAAACAAAGUCAAUGCUUUCUUACAGUUGUAUUGUCUAGUAUUGGUUCACAGGCUUGGUUUGGCUAUUUUAUUGUAAAAAUCCAGUAGUUAAGUGGCUGCAUAGUGCAAUUAUUUCAUUACUUAAGACAAAAUAAAAGUAUAUUUGUCCUGCAGUA